GCCGCCUCAGGCUCGGUCCCGUCAGAGCCCGGCGUGAGGAGGGGAGCCCGCCCGAGGGGAGCCCGCCUGAGGGGCGGCCAUGGAGCUGUCGGACGGCGCGGUGUACCAGGAGGAGCCCGGGGGCCCCGGGGCCGUCAUGUCGGAGCGGGUGUCGGGCCUGGCGGGCUCCAUCUACCGCGAGUUCGAGCGGCUGAUCGGGCGCUACGACGAGGAGGUGGUGAAGGAGCUGAUGCCGCUGGUGGUGGCCGUGCUGGAGAACCUGGACUCCGUGUUCGCCCAGGACCAGGAGCACCAGGUGGAGCUGGAGCUGCUCCGGGACGACAACGAGCAGCUCAUCACGCAGUACGAGCGGGAGAAGGCGCUCCGCAAGCAGGCCGAGGAGAAAUUCAUUGAAUUUGAAGAUUCCCAAGAACAGGAAAAAAAGGACUUACAGAUCCGAGUGGAAUCCUUAGAGUCCCAAACCCGCCAGCUUGAACUCAAAGCAAAAAACUAUGCUGACCAGAUUGGCCGGUUAGAGGAGCGAGAGGCUGAACUGAAAAAGGAAUACAAUGCACUACAUCAGAGACACACAGAGAUGAUACAUAAUUACAUGGAGCACUUAGAAAGAACCAAACUUCAUCAGCUAACUGGGACUGAUCAGCUGGAAUCCACAGCUCACAAUAGAAUUAGGAAGGAGCGUCCGAUCUCUCUGGGGCUCUUCCCGUUGCCCGCAGGAGAUGCGCUGCUGACCCCGGACCCCCAGAAGGGAGCAGAGACCCCCGGAUCGGAACAUUGGAAAUUCCAUGAGCUCAGCCAGCCCCGCUCUCACACCAGCCUGAAGGAUGAACUCUCCGAUGCCAGCCAGGGAGGUUCAAAGUCUACCACUCCGGCGUCCACCGCUCCUUCCGACGGGGCCCCGCUCCCCGUCGACACCCCCCUGAGGGAGGAAAAUGAAAGCUUUGCCAAGACCCCAGAUCCGCCGGGCCAGCCCGAGGCCAGCAAGCACGUCGACGUGCAGGCAGCCCAGGAAACAAGGACCGUGGCCACCGGCGCCAGCGAAGAUGAGAAGUCCGAAGUUCAAGCAAUCAUCGAGUCCACCCCCGAGCUGGAUAUGGAUAAAGACCUCAGUGGCUAUAAAGGCUCCAGCACACCCACCAAAGGAAUAGAGAACAAAGCCUUCGACCGAAACACAGAAUCCCUCUUUGAAGAGCUGUCUUCGGCGGGCUCGGGCCUGAUCGGCGACGUGGACGAAGGAGCCGACCUGCUGGGGGAAUAUUCUGGAAUGGGCCGAGAGGUUGAAAAUCUUAUUCUGGAAAACACUCAGCUGUUGGAAACCAAAAACGCCCUGAACGUGGUGAAGAAUGAUUUGAUAGCGAAAGUGGACGAGCUGACCUGUGAGAAAGAUGUGCUGCUGGGGGAACUGGAGGCCGUAAAGCAGGCCAAGCUGAAAUUGGAGGAGAAGAACAGGGAAUUGGAAGAAGAGCUUCGCAAAGCUCGAGCGGAAGCUGAAGAAGCAAGGCAAAAAGCCAAAGAUGAUGACGACAGCGACAUCCCCACCGCCCAGAGGAAGCGCUUUACCCGCGUCGAGAUGGCGCGGGUCCUCAUGGAGAGGAACCAGUACAAAGAGAGGCUGAUGGAGCUCCAGGAGGCCGUGCGGUGGACUGAGAUGAUCAGAGCAUCGAGAGAAAACCCAGCCAUGCAGGAAAAAAAAAGAUCCAGCAUCUGGCAGUUCUUCAGUCGGCUCUUCAGCUCUUCGAGCAACACGUCGAAGAAGCCGGCCGAGCCGCCGGUCAAACUGAAGUACAACGCCCCCACCUCCCACGUGACUCCGUCGGUCAAGAAGAGGAGCAGCACCUUGUCCCAACUCCCGGGAGACAAGUCCAAAGCCUUUGACUUCCUCAGUGAAGAAACCGAAGCCAGUUUAGCCUCCCGCAGAGAGCAGAAGAGAGAACAGUACCGCCAAGUGAGAGCGCACGUCCAGAAGGAGGAUGGGAGAGUGCAGGCUUUCGGCUGGAGCUUGCCACAGAAGUACAAGCAGGCCGCAAACGGGGGCCAGGGUGGUGACAAGAUGAAGAAUUUGCCUGUGCCGGUCUACCUCAGACCCUUAGAUGAAAAAGAUGCGUCCAUGAAGCUGUGGUGUGCAGUCGGGGUCAACUUGUCAGGAGGGAAGACCAGAGACGGAGGCUCGGUGGUCGGAGCCAGCGUCUUCUACAGCGACGUGGCCGCUCCGGACGCAGAAGGCCCCAAGCGCCGCAGCGCAUCGCAGAGCAGCCUGGACCGACUGGACCAAGAGCUCAAGGAGCAGCAGCAGGAGUUGAGGCAUCAGGAAGAGCUGUCCAGCCUCGUCUGGAUAUGUACGAGCACGCACGCGGCCACCAAAGUGAUCGUCGUGGAUGCGAACCAGCCAGGAAACAUCCUGGACAGCUUCACUGUGUGCAACUCUCACGUUCUGUGUAUCGCGAGCGUUCCAGGAGCCCGGGAGACGGACUACCCGGCUGGCGAAGAGGCGGCGGAGGCCGGCCAGGUGGACAGAGCCUCGCUGUGCGGCAGCGUAGCGAGCAGCAGCUCAGCGGAAGGAGACAGCUUGCUGGGAGGCAUCACCGUGGUGGGCUGCGCUGCAGGGGCGGGGCCGGGGCCCGGGUCGGCCCCCUCGCCCUCGUCCCACACCAGGGAAGCCUCCCCGGUGACGGAAAAGCCUCCAGAAGCAGAACCAGAGCAAGAGACAGUAGAUGAGACCGUCCCCACAGCCGAAGAAGCCACCGAAGCUACAGAAGCCACGGAAGGCAAUCCAGGGACCGGAGAAGAGGUUGUAGAUCUGAACCAGGCCGGUGUCUACACCGAGCACGUCUUCACGGAUCCCCUGGGGGUGCAGAACACGGAAGAGGGACCCCCGAUAUACCAAACAAGUGACGAGGCGGACGGUUGCAAAGACCCCAGAUCGGCCUUGCCGGAUGAGCACGACCUGGUGAGGGAGGAAGCCCAGAAGAUGAGCAGCCUUUUGCCCACCAUGUGGCUCGGAGCUCAGAACGGGUGCUUGUACGUCCAUUCGUCCGUGGCCCAGUGGAGGAAGUGUCUCCAUGCCAUCAAGCUGAAGGAUUCCAUCCUCAGUAUCGUACACGUGAAAGGAAUCGUGUUAGUCGCGCUAGCCGAUGGGACAUUGGCCAUUUUCCACAGGGGAGUGGACGGCCAGUGGGACUUGUCAAACUAUCACCUGUUGGACCUGGGGCGGCCCCACCACUCCAUCCGCUGCAUGACCGUGGUUCACGACAAAGUCUGGUGUGGUUAUCGGAACAAGAUCUACGUGGUGCAGCCCAAAGCCAUGAAGAUAGAGAAAUCGUUCGAUGCCCACCCGAGGAAAGAGAGCCAAGUGAGGCAGCUGGCCUGGGUGGGAGAUGGGGUGUGGGUCUCCAUCCGCCUCGACUCCACGCUGCGCCUCUACCACGCCCACACCUAUCAGCACUUACAGGAUGUGGACAUCGAGCCUUAUGUCAGCAAGAUGUUAGGUACCGGCAAACUCGGAUUCUCCUUUGUGAGAAUCACAGCGCUGAUGGUGUCUUGCAAUCGCCUGUGGGUGGGGACCGGCAACGGCGUCAUCAUCUCCAUCCCAUUAACAGAAACCGUAAUCCUCCACCAGGGACGCUUGCUGGGGCUGAGGGCCAACAAAACCUCAGGGGCCCCGGGCAAUCGGCCGGGCAGCGUCAUCCGCGUGUACGGCGAUGAAAACAGCGACAAAGUGACCGCAGGAACCUUCAUCCCCUACUGCUCCAUGGCCCACGCCCAGCUCUGCUUCCACGGCCACCGUGACGCCGUCAAGUUCUUCGUGGCCGUCCCGGGUCAGGUGGCCAGCCCUCCGAGCGGUGGCAGCGGCGGCGGCGGCGGUCCCGAACCGGGAAGCGACAAGCCGGGAACGGCCCAGGAGCCCUCUGGCCAGAGCCCUGCCAAGUCCAUGCUGGUGAUGAGCGGAGGAGAGGGGUACAUCGACUUCAGAAUGGGUGACGAAGGCGGAGAAUCCGAACUCCCGGGCGAGGGUCUCCCGCUCGAACCGUCCGUGGCCAAAGCCGAGAGGAGUCACCUGAUCGUGUGGCAGGUGACGUGCGGCAGCGAUUGAACUCGGGAGCGAGCGGCCGGAGAGGAGGCCGGGGGCUCUUCUGCAUGGUUUUCUACCCCCCCCCCCCACCUUUUAAUUUAAUAUUCUUUUUGUGGAAUCCGUUUCACCACAUAGCUUUGGAGCGUUUCUUCCCAUUAACCCCCUGGGGCAAAAAUCUGUCCUCCCAGAAGAGUCCGGCCGGGGCCGGCAGUCCCAACGCACCGAGGUCACGGGUCAUUUUGGGGCGUGGUGGUUGACGGAGCCAAGAACGUCGACUUUGUUCCCACCGGUUGAGCCCGUGGCGGCGGUAGGAACCCAAAAAACCCGCCGCUUCCCAAUCGAAUGGAAUUCCCUCAGGCCGGGUCUUAGAGAUCACUAAUAAUGGCGUCCAGAGGAAAAACACUUGAAAAGUUGUCUGUAUCACGUAGUAAAAUAGCUAAGCUUCUCCCAGUGUAUUAUAAAAUUGACACCCACUAAUAUCAGGUGGAUUACCAGGAUCUGUACCGGUGUCCCGAGAACAAACUGUAAAUUAUAUUAACCUCCACUCUCCAACCUGGUCAAUCCUGUUUAUAUAGUAUAUAAAAACUCUGUGGUUUUCAUUCACCACGGGCUGGGGGGCGGGAUGGGUUUUGUAUUCAAGAAAUUAAGACUAAACUAUUUAAAUAAAAGUCUCCUGUUUCUGA